AAGUGCGUUCAUUGCAGUUUCUUUUCCCCCUGUGAAUGAUUUUUUGUGAAAAGUGUUAAAGUGUUUUAUGUGAGUGUUAAUGACAAGAAAAAAUUAUCAAUUUAGGUUUUUUUUCGAAGGUUUAUUUGUUAUGUUUUGGUAACCAGGUGAUGACGGUGUAAUAUGACACUGGAGUAUUACAAGUGCAAGGCAUCUGAAAGUUUUUAUGAGGGAGACGUGUUUAUGCUGAUCGAGCCGCGCGCAAAGACGAUCUCGAUGGAGCCAAUGUACGGAUUCCACGAGGAUAAUAGAACUUAGGUGGCUUCACAAAUUACUAAAGGACAGGACAUUGAAAGGUUUACCUGGUAAAGAUAGUUUCCACCUCCAAUCGGUCUGAUGUGCGGAACCAGGACCCCGAGCGGGCGUGGACCAGGCGCGCGUUCCUCUUGCGACUGCACGCGAUGGCUUCACCUGCCCUGGACAGUUGUCUGCGUGGCUCUGGGUUCCCUUCAGAUCGUGGCCGGAGUCUUCUAUCUUAUGAGUCUGCCGGUCUUCAGACUAGGAUCGAACCUCUAUGCGGGAUGUUGGAACGUGUUAGGAGGCAUCAUCGGAGGGAUGCUGGUGUGUGCUGGACCAUCAGGACGCAGGAGACACGAGCUGAUCCUAUAUUUGGCAGUUGCUACUUGUGCAGUAAAUUUGGCCAAUUUGCUAAUUUUGGAACUGGGCGAAUGGAGACAUCUGUUUCCUGAAGCAACCAGGAAGGCUUUAGAAGAAGACGGAUUUGAUGAGACGCCAGUUUACAUGGCCCGUCUGACAACGAGUUUGACCGCCGCUGUUUCAGCUUUGGCAGCAUUUUUAGAAUCGCAAUUUGCCUUCUGCGCCAUGCAUUGUUGUUCUGGAUCAUCCUCUGCAAAUAAGAGAUUGAAAGGAAAAAAUGGGAAAUUAGAUGGAACCGACCUGUUGACCAGAAAUCAUGAUCAGGGUACUGAUACAGAAUACAUCAUCACGAGGCCAAAACCGGAUUCGAUACGAAAAUCUCCGAACAACAUAAACAACGUAAGUUAUGCUCAAUCUUGGGUGUUUGAAUCAGACGGUGGCGGAGGAAUGUGUCAAGGGGGCCACGAAGACACUUCACCUUCCUUAUCAGCUGCUCCCACAGACCGAAGCUCGGGAGGACCUCCUACACCUAUGCAGCAGCACACCACCGCUGGUGUAAACGGAACCUUAGUCAGUUUCUCCCGAGCCGCCACACCAUCCCCACGAGGAGGUCGUUCUCCUGCUGCCAUUUAUGCCACACGGCAGCAAAUCACCCAGCAGCAUGUUCAGAAUGUUAUGCAUAGUCCUCCUGCAGCCUUUGUCUCCAAAAAUCCACAGCCAACUGGUGGCAAUGCGCACCAGCUAGUCCAAAGCGAUUCGUCUGCCGAUUCCAAGUCAUCUGCUCGCGAUGCCGAAUUUUCUAGAGAAUUGGAAGCUGCCUUGCAGUUGAUCCAGGAACUGGAAACCCCGUCAGAAGACCAUCCCGUUGAUGGACUCGGAAAACAAAGUUCUGGGUCCCCGACAGACAGUGAGAAGACACUUAGCGCUGGGGGUAAGCAUCGAUAUUGUGACUCUCAAAGCACAUCAGGGUAUAGUUCACCAAGUAGAAGAGGUUAUAGCAUUCGGGCUUCCGAUGCUGCUACCAUCAUAAAUUUACACGGAACUCGUCCUAGAAGAAACGCUUCACGUUGCAUAACUCUUCUAAAUGUCGAUUCCCGCGGAGCCAUGACUCUGUUACCAGUGUCUUCCAGCUCCUCGUCAUCUUCCAAAGGAACUUCCAACCAAACUCCUAGGUCUUCAGAUGCGUCUUCGUCCACGGAGACUUUGCGAGCGGUUGGACAGCCCCAACCUUGGACGACUAAUGUAAGAUCCCUUUUAAGGAGUAAAAAACCAACAGGGGGACCAAAGUUGCCUCCAGAGCUAGAAGCUGCGAUAGUUAAAAGCGAAAGUUUAGCGUACCUGACCGACGUCGAACUGAUGCAAAGGCACGAAAGGAAUAGGGAAAUCCAAAGGAAAAUCCAACAGAGAGUUCAAAAGCAACUGUCAAACGGUACUCUGCCUCAUUCGCAUCAGAUUGAUUCUACAAAUAAUGGAAUCGCCGAAACGAUACGAUAAAUUCCAAAAAAUAAUAAUAAAAUCAAAUUUGUUUCAAAAUUUGAUAGAAACUCUCUAGAUUUUUUCAAAUCUAUAAAAGAGAACGCAUAAAAAUUUGUAUGGA